AUGGGGCCGCGGCUUCCUCUCCUGGUGGCGGCGCUGGCCGGCUGCCUGCUUCCUGCCCGCGGUUGCGUCCUGUGUGAUGUAAAGGUCGUGGAGGCGCUAGACUCCUUGGAGAAGGACUACCUGCCUGGCCACCUGGAGGCCGGGCAUCACGAAAACGUGAUGCAAAGGGUAAAGCAGGCCGUGCAGGAUUUCAAGGAACUGCCGUUUGACGAGGAUGCCUAUCUGGGGGUCGUCGAUGAGUCCACACUGGAAAAGGCAUCUUGGAGUUUGCUGAAGGAUCUGAAACGCAUCACGGACAGUGACGUAAAAGGUGAGCUCUUGGUGAAGGAGCUGUUCUGGAUGCUGAGCCUGCAAAAGGAUAUCUUUGUCAAAUACGUUGCUGAGUUCCAAAAAGAGGCUUUUUGUCCCAACAAAUGUGGUAUGAUGUUGCAGUCUCUGAUCUGGUGCAGUAACUGCAAGAAGCAGGUUCACGCUUGUCGGAAGUCCAGGGAUUGCGGGGAGCGCGAAGUUACGGUCCACGCAAUGGAAGACAUGAUCCUGGACUGCGAGCUCAACUGGCAUCAUGCCUCCGAGGGCCUGACCGACUACAGCUUUUUCAGGGUUUGGACGAACAAGUCUGAGACCUUGGUGUCCAAGGGGAAAGAGCCCACCCUGACAAAGACCAUGGUGGAUUCAAAGGAUGCCGGCACCUAUCGCUGCCAGCUGGACACCGUGCAGUCUAGCCCAGCCACGAUCAUCUAUUUUAACGUCUCAGUGUUGCCCAAAAGAAUCGUGGAGGAGAUACCGUCAUCAGACAUCCCAAAUAAUGGUGAGGUGGGCCCGGACGAAGUGAACUGGGGUCCCACCCCGUCGACCUCAACCUUCCAGUCUCCGUCGACACAGUCUCCGACCACCGAGAAUAUGCUGAAAGGCCGACUGGUCGGGAUGAUGAUCUGGGGCUUUGUGGUGCUGCUGGCCGGCAUCGCCACCGUAACACUGUACUAUCGGUCCGGGAAGGUCGUGGAGUCCAUAAAGUCCUGGUUCGGCAACAGCCACGCCGCUGAUGAGAGCUCCUCGGACACAGAGAAAGAGGCCAUAAAAUCAAGGAGGGAAUAAAGAUUUAUCUGGUUGUCUAAGUAUCUGACUCACUCCUCCAGAAACUUUUGGUUUCUCCAAGAGGAGAGAUCUGGGGAUGGUCAUCCAUCGGAGGGAGGAGGGGCUGGGAACCCGGCCUCCUGAGUCCCAGCAGAGAC